CUCAUGUUCUUGAUUGUGCUAGUAAUUAUUAAUUAAUACAUCACUAAUUAAUGUAUCCACAAAAACAAAAACAAAAAUUCCCCCCAAAUCCAAAAUUAGUGGCUAUUAUGUAAUUCUACUCAUUGCCGACAAUAUCACUACCAUUGCACCACUACAUUCCUCCACUAUGCUUGUCACCACACAACAUAGUGGAGGAAUUGUAUGUCUUGAAAGCGCGCAUUUCCUGCCAGUGAGCCCACCUGUGAUAAUCUUCUUCCUUUUGGAAUCUCUCUCCCAGAGGGGUUCUUAACAAAAAGCUCAUUUGUUCUCUACAAGCAAAAUAUCUGCAGAAUUAACAUCAUAAAAUAUUCAUGAAGGAGAGCAAAAGAAUGCAACUGCAAAUGUUCCAGCAGGUUCAUCUGAUAUCCAUCAUCAUCAUCAUCACCGCCGUCGUCCUACUAAUUAAGGAAGCAAGAUCAGCAGCCUCUAAUUCUAUGGCCAAGCCCAAUUGCCAAGAGAAAUGCGGGAACUUGAGCGUUCCAUAUCCAUUUGGCAUAGGGAAAGGAUGUUGCCGGAACCAGAUGUUUGAAGUCACUUGCAAUGAGUCAACUCUCUUCUAUAUGAGCGAUGUACAAGUGUUCCAGAUCUCUCUGGACCAUGUGAGUAUUACCGGUCCGGCUAUUGUUCAAUGUUACAACAAGUCAUCUGGGGAAAGUCCUGUAGGACCUGUUAGUUAUGGGUUGGAGGAAUCACCAUUCCGAGUCUCCCACACCCAAAAUAAGUUGGUAGCCAUAGGAUGUGACAUCUUUGCUUACUUUACUGAUUUAAACACCACAAACUACAGAAAGGGGUGUGCAUCCAUUUGCUAUAACAACACAAGCAGCAGCAGCAGAAUAGUUGGUCUUGCUGCUAAUAACUAUAGUAUAAAUCCGACUUCUUGCUCUGGCAUUGGUUGCUGCCAGACUGAUAUUCCGGAAGAUAUCUACUCCUUUAAUUUGCACAUCGAAACCAUAAAUACCAUUGGACGGUUAUGGGCCUCCGCGCCAUGUAGUAUUGCUUUCAUUGCUGACAAGAACUUUUCAGAAUUCAGCAAACCCAACGCCUCUAAUAUUACUGAUUAUGAUUUCUUGGAUGGAGUCCCACUUGUGCUUGACUGGGCGAUUGAGAGCAUCUCUUGCCGCGAAGCUCAAAGAAGAAAAGACUAUGCUUGUGGCCGUAACAGUGACUGCAUAAAAUCCAUUAUUGAUGAUGGGGUGGGAUAUCGAUGUCGCUGCUCUCAAGGUUACCAAGGGAACCCUUACCUCAACAAUGGAUGCCAAGAUAUUGAUGAAUGCGAAAACACAAAAAAGAACAAAUGUCCAGAUGGAGCUCUUUGCAACAAUACGGCAGGUAGCUACUUGUGCACUUGCCCACCUGGUUACUACAGCAUUCAUGGAAAUGGAAUUAACUGCAUACCUGACCAUGGGAAGCAUCGAUUAAUAGCUGUACCUGUUUCCAUAGGCAUUGGAGUUGCAAUUGGCGUUAUAUUCUUUAUUGCUGUUGGUUUAUGGUUGUACCGGAAACUUGAGUUGAGACAAAACAACAAAAUGAAACAGCAAUUUUUCAAGAGGAAUGGAGGUUUGUUAUUGCAACAGCAUGUCUCGUCUGGUGAAGAAAGUGUUGAGAAAACAAAAGUUUUCAAAGCAGAAGAGUUGGAAAAGGCAACAGAUAAUUUUAACGAGGGUCGAGUCCUAGGCAAGGGAGGACUUGGUACAGUUUACAAGGGGAUGUUAUCAAAUGGAAGCAUAGUGGCUGUUAAGAAAUCUAACAUAGUUAAUGAAAAUCAAGUUGGUCAGUUCAUUAAUGAAGUUAUUAUCCUUUCUCGCAUAAGCCACAGGAACAUUGUAAAAUUGUUAGGUUGCUGCCUAGAGACUGAAGUUCCAUUACUAGUAUAUGAAUAUGUCUCGAAUGGCACACUCUCCCACCAUCUUCACGAUGAGGGUAAGGCUUUGACGAUGUCGUGGAAUACUCGAUUGAGAAUUGCAGGGGAAAUUGCAGGAGCACUUACCUAUUUGCACUCGUAUGCUUCUACAUCUAUCUUUCAUAGGGAUAUCAAGUCUAGCAACAUACUACUGGAUGAAAAUUACAAGGCUGUAGUGUCUGAUUUUGGACUUUCAAGGUCAGUGUCCCUUGACAAGACUCACUUGACCACAAUGGUGGGGGGUACAUUUGGUUACUUGGAUCCAGAGUACUUUCGAUCAGGGCAACUUACUGAUAAAAGUGACGUUUAUGCCUUUGGAGUAGUUCUUGCCGAACUACUAACAGGAAAAAAAGCGGUAAGUUCUGAUAGAUUUGAUGAAGGUUUAGUACUUAAUUUCCGAUCAUCAAUGAAACAAAAUCGUCUUUUUGAAAUUCUAGAGACAGUAGUUGUGAAUGAAGGUAAGGAAGACGAGAUCCAAGCUGUUGCUACUCUGGCUAAAAGGUGCCUCAAACUGACUGCAAGGAAAAGGCCAAAUAUGAAAGAAGUUGUUGGAGAACUGGAUCAAUUGAGGAGGGCACAAGAGCAGUCGACAUUACUCAAGUACAAUAACCAGGAUAGCUACUGCUCGAUAAGUGAAAGGUGCUACUCUUCCACAACCGAUGCAUUUGAAGAAGAAAAUUAAUAAGUAAUAUUAUGUCAUGUUCUAUAACCAUAUUUCAUUACUGCUUAAUGUAUUGAGGUUUCUCUCUCACCCCCUCUCUCUCUCUUUCUAGAAACUAGUGGUUUAUAGAUGUUUUGUCCAAUCAAGUUUUCAUUUCUGUAUAUCUACAAAAAUUGGGCUAUUACCUUUGUUCUA